CACCUCUCCCCGCACCUAUAACGGAACCGAGCCGAACCGAACACAGCCCGAACACACUAGCGAUGAACUGGACUUGUAGGCGUAGGUAGACUCGGACACACGUCGCGAGGAGAUAUUUUUCGGUCUUGUGGUGAAUAAUUCUAAAUUAAGGCGUCAGAAAACAGUCUGUACGCAGUGAGUCGUUGCCCAGGGCAAGACGUGCAGACGCCAAGAAGCCAUCGCUCUCCAUCGUCUGCUGUGGUAAUCUGGGGAAUUCUUCCGGUGAAAGGUAUCCGCUGGAACCAUGGAGGAAAGGAUCUGUCAGAUUUUCCGCUUCCGCGAAGUGCGAUAGGAUGCUGAAAUAGAGUGGGAGCCAGUGAUACAUUCAAGUUGUAUAAAUGCAACAGUUUUACUUCAUUUUUGACAGCCAUAAUCUGAUAUAAAUGGCUCAGAUUAUUAAUGCUGCCAGACGUAAAGUCAAGGGAAGGGGAGGAAAUUAUGAGGACCUUGAUGGCCAUACAGAUCCAGCCCCGCAAUCCCCACCAGAUUCACUGCGGAGCGAAUCAACUCCUCAUUCAAUAUAUGGAGGAGAUGAUAGUAAUGACCUGUUGGGUCAAGAAAUUGAAAUGACAUCUGUAUCUGUUGUGCCAGAUGAUACCUUCACCGUUACUCAGGCUGUAAACGCGUUCGGCUUUGGAAAAUUUCAAGUACAAUUGUCACUUUUUACUGGCUUGUGCUGGAUGGCAGAUUCAAUGGAAAUGACAAUUUUAAGCAUACUCUCACCUGCUCUCCAUUGUGAAUGGCAUAUCACUCGUUAUCAACAGGCUCUUACUACAACUAUUGUAUUCCUAGGUAUGAUGUUAAGUUCAACAUUCUGGGGCAAUGUUAGUGACCGCUACGGACGGAAAAAGGCCCUUACUAUGUGUGCUGCACUUUUAUUCUAUUAUGGCCUCUUAAGUGCUUUUGCACCUAAUUUUCUCUGGAUCCUAUUCCUGCGUGGCCUUGUUGGUUUUGCGAUUGGAUGUGUUCCACAAUCGGUCACACUAUAUGCCGAAUUUUUACCAACAAAACAGCGAGCAAAGUGUGUUGUUCUGCUUGAUUGCUUUUGGGCACUGGGUGCCUGUUUUGAAGUGCUUUUGGCAUUAUUGGUUAUGCCCACCAUGGGUUGGCAAUGGCUGCUGGCUCUAUCCACAACACCACUUCUGGCAUUCGCAUGCAUCUGUCCUUGGCUCCCUGAAAGUGCACGUUACCAUGUAGCAUCAGGGCAACCUGACAAAGCACUGGAAACAUUGCAAAAGGUUGCAAAAGAUAAUGGAAAACCCAUGCUACUUGGACGACUUGUUGUUGAUGAUGCUUCCAUUGGGCGCCGAGGUCAACUUCGUGACUUACUUGGUCCAGAACUACGGCGGACUUCCCUUUUAUUAUGGUUCAUUUGGAUGGCUUGUGCCUUUUGCUACUAUGGAGUGGUGCUGAUGACAACAGAAUUGUUUGAGGCUUCUGCUAAUAGAUGUUCUGAGGAUGGCUCACUUUCGAGCCAACUGAAACCCAUUGAGACAUGCUCUGCUGAUUGUAAAGAACUGACUACUACUGAUUACAUAGAUUUACUAUGGACAACCUUAGCAGAGUUUCCUGGCAUAUUCGCUACAAUAUUUGUGAUUGAACGAUUUGGACGCAAAAGAACUAUGGCUGUACAAUUUGUUAUAUUUGCCAUUUGUAUUUAUUUCUUGCUCAUCUGUAGUACUGAGAGGAGUUUCCUAACUGCAAUGUUGUUUGUAGCUAGAGGGAUAAUUGCUGGUGUUUUUCAGGCAGCGUACGUCUACACCCCAGAGGUAUAUCCAACUCCUUUGCGUGCAGUUGGAGUAGGUAGUUGUAGUGCUAUGGCUCGUUUGGGUGCUAUGGUAACACCAUAUGUGGCUCAGGUGUUGCUGAAUUCAUCCCUUCUUUUGGCGAUGACUGUAUAUGGACUAGCAGCUCUGCUGGCAGCAGUUGCAUGUUUUAUGCUUCCAAUAGAAACCAAAGGAAAAGAACUGAAGGAGUCAGUGAGCGGUCCUCAGCUUCAUCGCCCACAAACAAGUCAGCCUACAGCUAACACUGCAACCUCAUAGUUCUGAUGCAAAGCAGAGAUAUACACUUGUGCUUUUCCUACAAGAAAGAGGAAGUUGAGGAUAAAUUUUGGACAAGUUGGGUGACCGUACAUAGUAGGGACAGAUAUGAUGUGUACAUCUAAGUACUUAAAUUUCUUCAUAGUUCUUCUGCCAAUUGCGAGGUGAGCAAUUGCAAUGUUUCUAUCAGCAAGUAUUUAAAGUUUCCCAACUAUGAUAAUAUAUAAGAGAAAAAAAAACAUACAAAAAAAAAUCAAGCUACUAAAUAAACUAUUUACAAACUUCACUGUUACCACAAAGUAAGACUAAGUUGACAUACAUAUUUGUGAUAUAUAUCCUGAUAGCAAAUUCACCAUUAGAGUGAGCUUGUAAAACAUUUCUACUGCAGGAGUCAGUAAAUUUGGUAAGGUCCUUCCCCUUGAAGCAAAAUGCCAAAUUUCUUUAAAGGCUGUGUCUAGAUUCCUACUACUUUCUAAAUUUGCUUAUGCUUUAUGCUUUUCUUUUAACAGUAUGUAGUUUUUUAAUUGUGCAACUUGAAGUGGCAGAUGUGAAUUUAUACAUUCAGAUCUGUUCAAGAGCUGGAAAUUUUUUUAGCGGUAUUUAUAUUUUACCUUUCACCAACCAAAUACUUAUAGUAUUUAUUAAGUAGUUGACUACAUGAUGAUGUUGUAAUGCUGCAGAGUUUAAAUUAUUUAUUUAUAAUAUUUGUUCACCCCUUUUAAUAAUGUUUUUUUUAGAAAAAAUAAAAAAUAAGAAAGAA